AUGGGAAGGAAGAGAAAAUUGAAUAUUGGUAGUCGUAUGUCAAAAGACUCAAACCUCACCUCAUGCCAAGGAAGUAAUGCUGAAGAAACUCAUCCAACCUCAUCUCAUGGCCAAGGAAUUAAUGUUGAAGAAACUCAUACAACCGUAUCUCAUGCCCAAGGUAUUAAUGCUGAAGAAACUCAUCCAAACUCAUCUCAUGCCCAAGGAAGUAAUGCUGAAGAAACAAGGCCCAAUCCAAAUCAUGUGGAAGUUGGCAUACAUGAGUCUGAAGAUUCUUAUUCUAUUCCUUUUGAUUUAGAAGCAGAGGAAAACCUACAGAUUAAUAAAGUUUUAAAUUAUAUAUAG